AUGGAGAAGAGUAUUGCCGACCAGUUAGGCGUGAAAGGCGAAAGUGAAGAUUUGUGUCUUACUUGGACUGCGAGCGUCAAAAGGGUUGAAGAGGCGUCGCUGAAAAUCGACUGUCAUAUAUCCGGGUCUAACUCAUCACGAGUUUAUAAACUUUCGAAUGCACGAACUGUGCAUAAUCUCGCUUUACCAAAGCAGUCACUCAAUUAUGGUGAUUUGCUUCAACGGUAUCCGCAUCUGCAAGGAUUGCCUAUCGAAAGUUACGUAAAUAUUACGCCACGGGUUCUGAUUGGAAUCGACAACGCUCAUUUGGCUGUUCCGCUCAAGACGCGCGAGGGAAAUAUGGGUGAUCCCGUCGCUACAAAGACACGAUUAGGAUGUUCAGUGCACGGAACUGCUACAUUAGGUGUGAAAAACGAUUACAAUUUGUACAUACGUGAGAGUGCGGAGGAUAUGGCGACUUUGCACGAGCUUGUCAAGCACUAUUUUUCGGUGGAAUUGUUGGGAAUAUCGCUGCAAGAAGCUCCCGACUCCAGAGAAAAUCAACGCGCCCUACACCUUCUACAGACAACCACGAAGCGCGUCGGAACACGGUAUGAAACCGGUUUAUUAUGGAGAUACGACGAAUUUGAAUUGCCAGAUAGUUACGCCAUGGCCUUCCGAAGACUGAUAUGUUUUGAACGACGAAUGAAAGAGAAUCCUGAGAUUGGAAGAAGUGUUACAAAGCAAAUGGAUGAAUAUCGGCACAAAGGUUAUAUCCAUUUGGCUACCGCAGAAGAAUUGAAUGACGCCGAUCCGCGGAGGAUUUGGUAUCUUCCACUUGGGGUAGCACUAAAUCCAAAAAAGCCUGGGAAAAUACGGAUUUUUUGCGACGCAGCGGCUACCGUAGAUGGUAUUUCCCUUAAUACUAUGUUAAUUAAGGGCCCCGAUCUUCUCACUUCUCUUUCCGGCGUACUCAGCGGUUUUCGAGAGCGCAAGGUGGCCAUUUGCGCCGACAUUCGGGAAAUGUUCCACCAGAUCUUGAUGAAAAAGGAGGACAGACAUGCUCAGCGAAUCCUUUGGAGAAACGACUCAUCCAUGAUACAUCAAGUUUACCUCAUGGAUGUUGCGACGUUUGGGUCGACUAGUUCGCCCUGCUCGGCUCAAUAUGUUAAAAACAUUAACGCCCGAGAAUUUGCAAAUCAGUUUCCACAUGCGGCAGAUGCGAUUGAACGCAAGCACUAUGUGGAUGACUAUUUGGACAGCGUAGACAGCGUAGCGGAUGCCAUCAAGAGAGCGGAGGAAGUAAAAUACAUCCACUCCCGCGGAGGUUUUGAGAUACACUUUUGGUUAUCGAACAGUGAGGAGUUUCGGAAACGGGUCGGAGAUACUAAGCCCGUCACAGAGAAAAGUCUUGCGGUAUCCAGUAAUCCGCACGGGAUGGAGCGAGUGUUGGGAAUGCAAUGGAUCCCAACGGAGGACGUUUUCACAUAUACAGCGGCGUCCGAUCCAGUGCCAGUUUGGCCGACGAAACGAGAGGUCUUGUCAACCGUUAUGAAAAUAUUCGACCCUUUGGGCUUACUUUCGCAUCUCAUUGUUCAUGGGAAAGUUCUCAUACAAGACAUUUGGCGUAGUAAUACUGGAUGGGAUGAUCCCGUACCGGAAGCCUUAACGGCUCGAUGGCAAAAAUGGACAGAGCUGCUUCGUAAGCUGUAUUUAGUUCGGAUUCCACGUUGUUAUUUUCCCGAUAAAAUAUCGCCAGAAAUCGAGUCUAUUCAGCUGCACGUGUUUGUGGACGCGAGCGAAUCAGCGUAUGCUUGUGCUGCAUACUUUCGUGCUAUUGUUUCGGGAAAAAUCCAACGUUCACUCGUGGCGGGCAAAUCGAAAGUAGCCCCUCUCAAGAGUUUGACGAUUCCAAAGUUGGAGCUGCAAGCGGCAGUGAUAGGUGCGCGGUUGCUUAAAAGUAUCUGUUCCACUCACACUUUACCCAUCCAUCAGAGGUUUGUCUGGACCGAUUCGCGUACAGUGCUUUCGUGGAUUGUAUCUGAUCAACGUAUCUACCGUCAGUUUGUCUCGGUCCGCGUAGGUGAAAUUCUCACUCUGACGAGCCCGGCGGAAUGGAGAUGGAUCGCUAGUAUGCAGAACGUGGCGGACGAGGCAACGAAAUGGGGAACCGGCCCUAAUUUAGAACCCGACAGUCGAUGGUUUCGAGGGUCCAGUAUUCUAUAUGAUUCUCAGAACCGAUGGCCAAAACAACCGGAAGUGAUUUCCGGUACCAUAGAGGAACGGCGAGUUUGUGUAAUUCAGCAUAUGAAAACAGUAAAGCUUAUUUCAUGGGACAGGUUUUCGCGAUGGACCAGAUUAUUGCGUACGGUGGGUUAUGUUUUGCGCUACGUGGACAAUCUUCGAUUGAAGCGCAUCGCACUUCCAAUCAAUGUGAAAUUCUUACAGCAAAAAGAAUGA